UUACGUCUAUCGUGUACAGAAAGCUGGUAAAUACGAUGGAAGCUCCUCGAAGAGACAGAAUAUUGGUAGCUGCCAUUGAUUUCGGGACAACCUUUUCCGGCUAUGCAUUCUCCUUUCGUGAAGAUUAUGAAAAUGACCCAAGAAAGAUACAAGUCAAUCCGACGUGGAUUGGAGGGACAGCAGCUCUUGUAUCCGAGAAAACGGCGAGCUGUAUCCUACUGGACCAGGACAAGAAGUUUGUUGCCUUUGGUUAUCAGGCGGAGGAAACGUACAGUCAACUUGUUGAAGAAUCUGAAGAUGAUGACGUCGAUGACAGAACGUUCGAGAGGUAUUACUGCUUUAGAAGAUUUAAGAUGUCACUGUACAACUGCAAUGGGGGCCUUACCAGGAAAACGAUGAUAGAGGAUGAAUCUGGGAAGAAGCUUCCGGCACUGCUGGUCAUAUCUUUAUGUAUCGGCUACCUGAAAGGUCAGCUACUAGCUCUCGUCAGAAAGAGGACUAUUGGUAUGGAAGAAAACGAUAUCCAUUGGGUCAUCACCAUUCCUGCGAUCUGGGACGAUUCCGCGAAGCAGUUCAUGCGCGAAGCUGCAGUCGAUGCGGGAAUUAAAUCAGAUCAACUGUCUUUUGCGUUGGAACCAGAAGCGGCGUCACUUUAUUGCCGAUUAGUGAACGUAGUGGUGGAGGCAAAUGAUGAAAGUACAGAUGCAGGUGUGAAGAAGAAAGAAUUUAGGUCUUCAAAAUCAGGCGAGAGGUUCAUGGUACUGGAUAUUGGAGGAGGGACGGCGGAUAUUUCCGUGCACGAACGACAGAUGGAUGAGAGGCUGAAAGAGAUACACGAGCCUUCGGGAGGUCCCUGGGGAGGAACGGCUGUCGACAGGGAACUCUUCAAAUUUUUGACAAGAAUAUUUGGAGAAAAAUCAAUAGAGAGUUUCAAGAGAAAAUAUAUGGCUGAUUACGUCGAAUUAUGUAGAAAUUUUGAAAUAAAAAAAAGAACAAUUACAGAAGAAACCACAGGAAAGGUAAUUCUUAAACUCCCCCCGUCAUUUAAGGAGUCCGUCGAUUCCAAUUCAAACAUCUCUUUCGAUGUUGCCCUUAGUAACUCCGAAUUUUCAGAAAAAGUGAAGUGGUAUAGUGGAAAAUUGAAAAUAGAUGCGGAUGUUGUGAAAGGCUUUUUUGAAGUACCAAUACAGAAAAUUGUCAGCCAUGUAGAAAAACUCUUGAAAAAGGUCGGAAAGAUUGAAAUGAUUAUGAUGGUAGGGGGAUUCUCAGAUUGUCAACUUCUCGACAAAGCCAUUCGUGACAACUUUCCUGAUAUUUCUAUUUUGAAUCCAAACGACUCCGUUCUUGCAGUUUUGAAGGGUGCCGUCAUAUUUGGUCACAAACCUAGGGCGAUUGUGUCUAGAGUGGCCAGGUACACAUACGGCUACGAAGCUUGGCCAAAGUUUGACCCAAAAAUUCACUCACAGGUUCAUAAGGUUAGACUGGGCGGAGUCGAUUGUUGUACAGGGGUAUUCCAGCCGUACAUUCGAAUCGGUACUGAAUUAAGUUGCGAUGACCACAUCACUUCAACACAUUGUCCGGUAUCUGACGAGCAAGAGGACAUGGCUAUCAACAUCUAUAUAUCUGAGAAGAAGGAACCAAAAUACAUCACAGAUCCGGAUGUACGACACCUCGGAACUCUGCGACUCCCGCUUCCAGCUUUCAAGCCUGGAUUGAGAAGAAAGGUACAAGGAUGUCUCUAUUUCGGAGCUACUGAAGUUACAAUUGAGGCGAAAGAUUUGGAAACUGGAAACAUCCAUAAGGUGGUAUUUGACUGUUUGUGA